AUGGAGAAGUUCCUACGGCCUGAGAGGUUGGAAGCUCACCCCGACACCAGCCCUCUACAGUGGCAGCAUUGGUUCAGCACAUUCACCAACUUUCUGCAAUCCAUCGAGCAACCGUCUGAUACUACUAAGUUCCGGCUCCUCAUCAACUAUGUGUCUCCCUCAGUGUACUCCUACAUCGCGGAUUGCAAGACCUACGACGAAGCUAUCAUGACUCUACAAGCUGUAUUUGUAAAACCUACUAGUGAAGUGUUUGCUCGUCAUCAGUUGGCCACCAGGAAACAACAGGGUAGUGAAUCCGUAGACCAUUAUGUGCUAGCACUCAAGCUAAUGGCCAAAGACUGUGCGUUUACGGCCGUUACUGCCGAAAAGUAUGCUGAAGAGGCCGUGCGUGACUCAUUUAUCUCUGGUCUCUCCUCUUCUGUCAUUCGUCAGCGGUUGUUAGAAAAGCUGUCCCUCACCCUUGAAGAAGCCGUUCAACAAGCUCGCAGCUUGGAACUGGCACAACACAACGCUGAUAAGUAUGCCUCUCUCUCUUCCUCCGACUGUCAUUCCACGGCUGUAGCUGUUACCGACCCUCGAGUGUUUAAUGAUAGUGAGGAAGUUAUGGCUUCAGCUAAAACCACUGCUGCUACGAAAAAAAAAUUCUAUUGUGGGCGCUCCCUACAUCCUCGCUACACUUGUCCUGCUCACAACGCUACUUGCCUCAAGUGUGGGAGGAAAGGCCACUACGCUAGUGUUUGCCAGGCUGGAGCGGGGCAGAACAGGUCUGGUACUUCCGCGGCGAUUGUGUCGUCCAUGACUACGAGUGCUGCUUCGACUUCACCCCUUCGCUGUGCGACGACACCUGCUGACAUCAAUGAGGUACGAGUUGAAGCACUGGUUGAUAGUGGUAAUACUUCGAGCUUCAUUAAUCCUAAAGUUGCUUCACGCUUAAGCCUCACCACUACCUCUUCCAAGGACACUAUUUCCAUGGCCUCUUCUCCCCUCGCUGCUGUCACUGAAGGUCAUUGUUUUGUGAAUAUCAAAGUAAUGGAAAAAGAAUACAAGUUGUUUAAACUCUCUUUGCUUCCUGAUCUUUGCGCUGAAGUUGUUUUAGGGCAAGAUUUCAUGAAACUGCACAAGUCUGUGGAAUUUACUCUUCUGGGAUCACGGCCUAAACUUUCGAUCUGUGGGAUCACAAAAAUGAACCUCCGUGCUCCUAGUCUUUUUCCCAAUCUAACCAGUGAUUGCAGACCCGUCGCCACUCCAACACGUCGCCAUUCCAGCACUGACUCUAUCUUCAUCCGGAAAGAGGUCGAUGCACUUCUACGUGAGGGCACCAUUGAGAAAAGCCAGUCUCCUUGGCGAGCACAGGUAUUGGUGACCAGCGAUGAACGACAUAAAAAGCGUAUGGUGGUAGAUUAUUCCAGGACCAUUAAUUGUUACACCCUUUUGGAUGCUUACCCCAUACCUAAAAUUGAUGAUGUUUUUAGCAAGCUGGAUAUGAAAAGUGCUUACCACCAAAUUCCCUUGAAGGAAGAUGAGAAGCUCUAUACUGCUUUUGAAGCUGAUGGUCAACUAUUCCAAUUUACCAGAAUACCUUUUGGUCUGACGAAUGCCGUGUCUGCUUAUCAGCGCACCAUCAACACGUUGAUAUCUGAUAAUCGGCUGACUGACACCUUUGCUUACAUCGACGACCUCAUUAUAGGAGGAAUGAACCAAGAGGACCAUGACGAGAACCUGAGGCGCUUCGAAGCAGUUGCUGAGAAAUACAAUUUAACCCUCAACAAAGAUAAGUGUGAGUACUGCUUGCCAGAAAUAAAGUACUUAGGAUAUUUAAUAUCUAACGGUACUCUAAGACCUGACCCAGAACGCUUGCAACCCUUAAGAGAUUUACCAGUGCCUACGGAUUCCUCCUCUCUUAGAAGAACUCUUGGAGUCCUUUCUUACUAUUCUCAGUGGAUCCCUAACUACUCUAACAGAAUUACUCCUCUUCUCAUCGUUAAGACUUUUCCUCUCUACAGUGUUGCCUGCCAGUGUUUGCAUGACCUCAAGGAAGAUGUCUGCCGUGCUUCGGUCGCUGCUCUGGAUGAAAACGUCCCUAUGGAGAUAGAAAGUGAUGCCUCGGCCACCUCGUUAGCUGCCACACUAUCCCAGCAAGGUAGGCCUGUUGCCUUCUUUUCAAGAAAACUUUCACCUUCUGAACAAAGACAGCCUACUGUGGAAAAGGAAGCAGCGGCCAUCAUAGAAGCCAUCCAGAAGUGGAGACAUAGGAAGGAAUUCAAGAUAAUAACUGACCAGCAAGCUGUUUCUUAUAUGUUCCACUCUCACCACUCCUCAAAAAUAAAGAACGACAAAAUACUACGGUGGCGUCUAGAGCUUGCUGGCUACAAAUAUGACAUCCAGUAUCGCCCUGGUAAAGACAACCUUCCUGCUGAUGCCCUGUCUCGCUCGUGUUCUGCUACUGCUGAGUCCCUGUCUGAUUUAGAGAAAGUUCAUGAUGCUCUUUGCCAUCCUGGAAUCACUCGUCUGUAUCAUUUUGUAAAAUCUAAGAAUUUGCCUUAUUCCCUGGAAGAAGUGUUCGGUUGUCCAUCCUCUAUUCAUUCUGACCGAGGUCCUCAGUUUAUGUCCCGAGAAGUAUCGGAAUUCUUGUCCAAGCACGGAGUUGUCAUGACUCAUUCCACCCCUUACCACCCGCAAGGGAAUGGCCAGUGCGAGAAGGAAAACGGAGUCAUCUGGAAGGCGAUAAGACUGGCUCUUCAUUCUCCUAGUCUGAUCAACGCUACUCCCCACUACGCCCGGGUACAGUAUGAGGACGGCCGAGAAGCAACUGUCUCGACAAAGGACCUCACGCCUUCCCACGAGGAGCUUCUGACCACGCCAGUCAAUGACCAACACCUGAGCAACUACCAGACACCUCCACAAGACACUUCAACCAGACCACCAAUAAGCUCGGGCCAGAGUGACCAAUGCUCCGAGACAGAAGUCCACCACUUUCAACAAGCGGCUCAUAACCACUCGCUGACCUCGCCCCUUCCAACCUCAAGUCCUGGCAAUUCUAAGCUAAGCAGCCCUCCCGCUUCACUUCCUUCAGGGACGACAUCGAAACAAGAACCGCUGAGGCGCUCUACUCGUAUCAAGAAACCUAUAGAUAGGCUUGGGUAUUAG